CCUCGCAGUUUGUCGCAAAUUCUCAGCACUGGUCUGCUUCACCUCCGCAACUGCAGAUCGAACGCCACGGUGUAAGAAAUACGAACAAAGAAUGGAAAUUGUGUGAGCAAAUAGGAAAAGGAACCAUCAAUCAAUGACGAUAGAUUACAGAUGGUUUCAAUAACCCGAAUGUAUAUCUUUCACGAGUCAUACGUUGAAGCGCAUAUGAAGCUCUAUGGAUUUUUUUUAAGGGAUCGUGAGGAUUUCUUAACCAUUUGGAUAAAAAGCGAACAUGAUACUUUAUUCAAUGGUCGAUUGAAAAGCAGUGCGUCAGUUUAUCCUGGAGAUAAAAUGAAGACAUGGACACAGGACAGGGAUUCUGUGGAAUCGCAUUGAAACGAGGAAACUUGCCUUGUUAGAAAUGUGGCUAUAGCAAGUGUUGUGAUACAUUGUUUGCUGGGAAACCAACGCAUGACAUUAGAACGAUAUACUAAUAAUUACCACACACUAACGAGGUACAAAAUAUUGCGCCUGGAUUGCUAUUGGUAGGCUACAUAUUCAUAUUAUAUGGGAAGAGCAUCGAUGUGAAGACUACAAUGCCAUGGCACGUCAAAUUGACUGAAUAGUAAUGCAUAUUUCUAGAAUCUUACAGAAACCAUGUGUACUGAUUGUGGCAGCGCUGUCAUUCAAAUGUAAUUUAAGACUUGGUUGGAAGAACCACGUUAUUUGACUCGUAACAUAAAUAUUGUGAACAUCGGAAUCGUAACAAAAUACGCGUGUUUCUUCCCGUUCUGUUGAAUGAAUCUUUAAGUUUGAUUGGACGACGACAAACGUUAAGAAUGUCGACAGUAAUGGUGGCAAAAAAGGCAAGACGAAAAUGGGAAAAUCUCCCGGGCAAGAACACUUUCUGCUGCGAUGGACGUGUGAUGAUGGCAAGGCAGAAAGGCGUCUUCUAUCUGACCUUAUUUUUAAUAGUCGGGACCUGCGCUCUGUUUUUUGUAUUCGAGUGCCCAUACCUGGCUGUCAACCUGUCCCCUGCCAUCCCUGCAGUUGGAGCCGUGCUAUUCCUGUUUGUGGUGGCCAUGUUGUUCAGGACUAGCUUCAGCGAUCCCGGUGUGCUUCCCCGAGCUCUGCCAGAAGAGGCCACCUUCAUUGAGAUGGAGAUUGAAGCGGCUAACGGGAAUGUCCCGCCAGGUCAGCGGCCUCCUCCCCGCAUCAGGAACGUUCAGAUCAACAACCAGAUCGUGAAGCUCAAGUACUGCUACACCUGCAAGAUCUUCCGUCCUCCUCGAGCCUCCCACUGCAGCAUCUGCGACAACUGCGUGGACCGCUUUGAUCACCACUGUCCCUGGGUUGGGAACUGCGUGGGCAAGAGAAACUACCGCUACUUCUACCUGUUCACCUUGUCGCUUUCACUUCUGACCAUCUUUAUCUUCGCCUUCGACAUUGUCCACAUGGUGAUGCGUUCUGUGGACUCUGGUUUUGUGAGUGCACUUAAGCAAACUCCGGGAACGGUGGUGGAGGUGGUGGUCUGUUUCUUCACUUUAUGGUCGGUGGUGGGGCUGACCGGAUUCCACACCUACCUGAUCUCCCUCAACCAGACCACCAACGAAGAUAUCAAAGGUUCGUGGUCAGGAAAGAACCGAGUCCAGAACCCCUACAGUCACAGGAACCUCAUUAAGAACUGUUGCGAGGUGCUGUGUGGACCUGUGCACCCCAGUGUUCUGGACAGAAGGGGGCUGACACUUGAGGGGUUGUCAGGCUCAGCCAAUCCCACGGCUGCUAUAAAGCACGUCAGCAAGAACAAAAACCCUGAGGUGCAGCCCAUGAAAACCAAAGCAGAGCACUCUCCUGAGGAACAUGCCCCUGGUUUCACCAAACAUGACAUCACUCCUUCGACGGCGGGCAUCACCAGUCUUGAGAAAAGCCCUGCCUCCUCUGAGAAGGAGGUGGAGUCACCCACUCCCAAGGACCUGCCCCCUCAGUCACCAAGCGACAACACAAACUCUAACCAAGACAAAGAGAACACCUACUAGCUGGAUCAGGAGGUCCUUCCCAGCAUUGUAUUGGAUCCAAGCAAAAACACUGUAUGAAACUACUGAGGAUGCUCUAGUUUGCAGUAUUAGGCAUGUAGUGGUGGUGGUGGGGGGGGGGGGGCUUUCCCAUCAUCCACCAAAACUGACUGAGGAUCAUGACACUACAGAACACCAGCCUGUAUUAGUGUGACAUACCAAUGACAUUCUUCCUUGAGACAUGGUUGGUUCUUUAUACCCAAACUUUGCAUGGGACAUCUUUCUAGGAACAUGGGACUGGGAAAUCUUAAAAUGCAAUCCAGUUACCUAGGAGUCCAUUGUUUACCACUACUUGGGGCUUGUAUUGAUCGCUAGGUUUUUUCUUUUUUUGUAUUUCUAUGACCUCUAUAUGUUAAUGGCCAGUGUAAACCUACCCCAUGGACUGCCUGUCUUUGACAUGGACAAUAUAUCCUGGUCAUAUGUAUCUCUACUAAAUAACAAUAUGAAAAACCUUUUAGCUUCUGCAAUACCAAGCAGCACCUAUGCAAUUUAUAGGAAGAAUGGCACAAUAGAUUAUGUGACUGUUUGGCUGGGUGGAGCUUUGGUGGUUUGGCUGUGGCCUGACAUCAGUUUGCAAAAAAACUGAAACUCACCUCUGUUAUUUUUCAGUAACUAUGAUGACUAUUCAGUCCAUGAAACAGACCUGCGAUCUGUUGAAUGGAAUAGGAGGGAGUGUUUCACCAUUGAAUGAUGUUGUUAUUUCCCCUUCCCAAUAAUGUGACAUCAUAAAAAGAACCGGUACUGAAACCCUAAAACAUGCUGCAAUUUGCUCUCAGUCAGGCAUUGGCUUAGUCCACGUUCUAUUUAGAGUAUGAACGUGGUCUCUUUCUGCUUCAAGUUCAUGAGCCGGAAGAGAGCCAAAAUGGUGUUCUGAGAUCCAAAAGCCAGCCUCAAGUCCUGAAACACCAGUCCCUCUUCCACUGAGGACAGUUUCUGUCCCACGCCUGUCCGGGCCGCGUGCGAAGGGAACGGUCAUAUUUGCUGCAGGCAGUCAGAAACUGUGCCUUAUCUCAGAACUACUCUUUCUAAGCAGUUGAGGUCAUCUGCAAAGCAACCAAUUGGCUUCAAUUAUGGAUGGUUGUAAAACAUUCCUGAGAGAGAAUAUAAUGCUGUGUAUGUGUGGAGUAUUACAGUAAGUGAGAAAUGUGACCUUUUAUAAAUGAAGAAAUGACAAAGAAGAGCAAAAAAAGGAAAAGCCAUUAUUUGUAAAGGCCAACGUGUAGAUAGGCGUGGGAUGAAUGUAUAAAAGAAUAAGAGUCUUUGGGGGGAAAAUGCUUCGCUGCAUGUCGUCUCUCUUUCAGCAUUCUUCAUUUACCUUUUGCCAAGUCUUUACAGCCUCCUCUUUCAGCAAAAUGAUACCAUGGCUCAUUCCAGAAUUUCAGCAUUCCCCUUCUGUCUUCUUGUCCCUGUCUCUUUUAUAUACUUUAUUUAUCUGCAAUUCUUUUCUCUCUUUUCUUGAGGAAAAAGACAUUGGUAGCUCAAGGCUACCAAGCACACAUAAACUAUUUUACAGGUGUAUUACACUCGAAAAAUAAUAUAAUUGGGCCUCAUUCACGAAACAUGCCUACAACCAGAUUUGAUUGUUAGCUGUGCUUACAAAUGUGGACAUUCAUAAUUUUUUUCUUAUCUGAAUUUGUUCUUUGGUACAAUCCAAAUUUAUGUGUGAUUGAAAACUUAAAGUCAUAUGCAUCAGAGAUGUUUAUAUUUAGAAUAAUUUACUAUUUAUGCAAAGUCAGUUUAAGUAGUUACAGAUGAACAAAAAGUUUCUUAAAACAUGUAAAUGAUAUAAAUAUUGUAAUAUAUUAAUGAAAAAUAUCAUAUUGAUUUAACAUUUACUAUCCUGUCUGAAUAGUGUUUCACUAGUUGUUAUUUAGUGUUUAGUUUUGAUUUCAACUUUAGUUUUCAUUAGUUUUAAGUGAAGGUUUGAUAGUUUUAGUUUAGUUUUUCAAAAACAAUAGUUUCUAUUUUUAUUAAUGUUUAUCAUGAAUGUUUUUUCACACCUAGUUUUUGUCCUUGUGAUCGUUUACUGUUGUUUGGUAUAAUAGUAUGAUACGUUUAUUUGGAACACAUAGUAAUUCAUUCAUUUAUCAAUAAAAGAGAUUGAUAAGUACAAUUAUACAAAGACACACAAGCGCUCAGCCAAACCCAACACAUGUUUCACGAAUCUCACGUUAGUUUUUCGUAGGAACUUUUAAGAAUAAAUCGAAGAAACGUUUUGUGAAUGAGGCCCAUUGAGAAAAGGGGGGUGUUUUACUCAUUCCUUUUUGCUUGUAUCUGUUAAUUUCACACUAAACUGAACACUGGAUUGCUUAUACUCUGACCGCUUGCCAGUUGCAUUUGGCGCACAUUCAAAGCAAAUCUAAAUUCAUGAGACUUUCAGCAAUGAGAAAGGCACUUUGGUGGAAUAAGGAUUUUUCUGGGUUCUGCAAUUUGCAGAGCUUAUGUCCCACACAAAGAAAACCUGACCUGAAGUCUGAUAUUCACUGGGAAUUUACUCUUGUGUUGUAUGUUAAAAAAAGAGGAACCAUUUUGACAAAUUUCUGUAUGACUGACAAACACAUCAGCAGAAUCUACUACAUCCCUUACAAAAAUGACUGCAGCCACUGCAAGGUUAUACUGUAGUUUCGCUUACAGUGCAGUUCAAUGUUAAAAUGCAGUAUACAAGAGUUAUACUUCAUAAGUACUGCACAAGGUAGUGAAACUGCUAUGCCAAGUUUACUCCAAGACUCUUGUAAAUUUACAUAAUUGUCAAACCCAAUUCCUGUUUACCAGUGUAAAAAGUGCUUAGAACAUAGAAGAUGUAUUCCAUAAGGGUGGAUCCUGAACAGACUGGCCACCCAAUUGUUACUUAGCAUGCAGCUGGGAGUAGCACACACAGGCAUCCAUUCUUUCAGUUUGAGAUCAUUAACCCACUUCCACGCCUGUUCUCUUCUCACUCUUAAAACACUGCUAGCUUAUAAAGUAUAUAUGUCCGCAGUACAGCAAUUCAAUUAGAUUACCUACCAAAGAGAGUCUACAUUUUUUCAACCACAUGAAAGUCAGGAGUUAGUAGUGCAGUGGCAAUGCAGUGCACUACAGUCCUGUCAGUAAUUUGGCAACCAGUAAAGGAGCUCAGUUUCAUUAAAGACAGGAAUAGGGAAAUGAAAAUAUUUCUUGUGGACCUGAAAGCAAUUGGAAGUAUCACAAAUAGCCUGUGAAAGUGAAUGUGGCUGCUUACAGCUCCCUUUCAUCAUUACACAACAUGCUGGGUCCACCAGCUGGUGGUCAAAAUCAGAUUUUCACAUUUACGAGUCAAUGCAAAACAGCAAAGGUAUGUGUGGUUUAUGGCAUCAACGCCAAAUGAGUGACCUGGAGAUAUGAAAGUGUGGUAUAUACAUCCUAGUGUAUUAUAAUGCAGGUAUUAUUGAUUAUUGAUGGCAUUUGAUAGGUGUUCACUUUACUUUGUAAUAACACUGUGAUUAUGUGAUUACUUUUCAUUUUCUUUACUUCUCACACUUUUUUAAAAUUAAGAUUCAGUGUGUGUUAAUUAAAGUGACUUGUCUUAAAA